GGUCGAUCGCCUUUUCUGUAUCAUGUCCUGUAAGCGUGUGUUGGUGUUUGGUGGUCGUGGUGCAUUGGGUUCUACGUGUUUGAAACACUUUAAGAGUAAAGGAUUAUGGGUUUGCUCAGUUGAUUUCAGCGAAAAUUCUGAAGCUGAUGCAAAUAUUCUCGUUAGUGAGUGUGAUACUUGUUCAGCACAGGAAAAACUCAUGAAGAGCGAUUUAAAUAAAGUUCUAAAUAACCAGAAGUUAGAUGGCAUAUUUUGUGUUGCUGGUGGGUGGGUUGGAGGCAAUGCUGCUCAUCGAGACUUUUUGGAAAAUUGCGAUGUUAUGUGGAAGAAGUGCGUCUGGUCCUCAUCUAUUGCUGCGUCAUUAGCUUCGAGUCAUCUUUCAACUAACGGUCUACUAUUACUUACAGGAGCACAUGCAGCUUUACAAGCCACUCCAGGUAUGCUGGCCUAUGGCAUGGCUAAAGCUGCUGUACAUCAGCUUACAAGAAGUUUGGCAGGACAGAAAAGUGGACUUCCAGAUGGUGCUUGCGUAAUUGCAAUCUCUCCAAUAACUUUGGAUACUCCUAUGAACAGAAAAUGGAUGCCGAAAGCAGAUCAUACAACAUGGACACCGACUGAAACAGUGGCUGAGUUAUGCCUUUCUUGGCUAGAAGAUGUUGACAGUCGACCACAAUCUGGAAGUAUAAUUCAGUUAAUUACUAAAGACAAUAAAACAGAAUGCAUUCCAGUUUAGUUUUUUUUUCCUAUGAAGAUAAAUAAUAUUAUCCCUCGGUUUAUAUAUACAUAUAUAUACAUACUGACAAUCUUUGAGAAUUAAUGAAAUUGAAUUGUGUUCACCUAUGUGUAUUUUGAACAGUAUUCACUCUUAUGAUUAUUUUCUGUAAUCAGCCAUUCUUAUUUCGAAAGAAAGAAAAAAUUACAUGAGAUCAUGAUCACUGAAUAAAAAGACACAAUUGUA